UGCGGCCCGAGCGGCAGUUCCCAGCCUGAUCUGCAUCUGGUUACGUCUUUCUGUCGCUCACCGAGGUUCCCCGGGUCAUGGUGCCAGCCUGACUGAGAAGAGGACGCUCCCGGGAAACGAAUGAAGAACCACUUUCUCCUGUUGUUCAAGUACAGAGGCCUAGUCCGCAAAGGAAAGAAAAGCAAAAGACGAAAAUGGCUAACUUCAUAAUCCGCCCGGCCACCGCCGCCGACUGCAGUGACAUCCUGAGACUGAUCAAGGAACUGGCUAAAUAUGAAUACAUGGAAGAACAAGUAAUAAUAACUGAAAAAGAUCUGCUGGAAGACGGUUUUGGAGAGCAUCCCUUCUACCACUGCCUGGUGGCAGAAGUAUCUAAGGAGCACAUCACUCAGGAAGGACACAGCGUCGUUGGUUUCGCCAUGUACUAUUUUACCUACGACCCAUGGAUUGGAAAACUCUUGUAUCUUGAGGACUUCUUCGUAAUGAGUGAUUUCAGAGGUUUUGGGAUAGGAUCGGAAAUUCUGAAGAAUCUAAGCCAGGUUGCGAUGAAAUGUCGCUGCAGCAGCAUGCACUUCCUGGUAGCAGAAUGGAAUAAACCAUCUAUCAACUUCUACAAAAAAAGAGGUGCUUCUGAUCUGUCCAGCGAGGAGGGAUGGAGACUCUUCAAGAUCGACAAAGAGUACUUGCUGAAAAUGGCAGCAGAGGAGUGAGGAGUGCUGGUGCAUACUACACCUUCCAUUGUAUUUUAGAAAAAAUUCUCCACUUACCUUCUUUCUAUCAUGUUUGUAGUGAAAUAAGAGAAUGAGCACCCAUUCCAAAGCUUUAUUACCAGUGGCGUUGUUGCAUGUUUGAAAUGUUGUCUCUUUAGGAUGGCAAUGCAGUUUGGAGUCAGAUUUAUCCUUGAACAUCUUUUGAAAACACAAUAGGGUGGUGUAAUCUUAAUGUAUAUGAAAAACUUCAUUCUUGUGAGUCAUUUAAAUGUGUACAAUGUACACACUGGUACUUAGAGUUUCUGUUUUGAUCCUUUUUUAAUAAACUACCCUUUGAUUUCA